AUGAAGCGCUUUGUUUACAUCAAUGACAAUGAGGCCUCCCAUGAUCCUUAUUGUGACAAUCGCAUAUCAAAUAGGAAGUACACCAUAUUGAAUUUUCUCCCAAAAAACCUCUGGGAGCAAUUCAGGUUUGAGUUUAACUUUGUGCCCAUUUUUUUCCUUAUGCAUGUCUAUUAUUAAAACCUGUUUACUAACAUUCUAUGACGAACUUUCCAGCGAUUUUUGAACUCAGUUUGUUAUUUUUUUAUUUCAUUUCCUCUGUUAUUGUCAUUUUCGUUAAUCUUCAGUUGUUUAUGUGGCAUAUUCAUACUGCUUAUUAUUUAUAAUUGGUAUUGUUGUUGAGAAAUCGGCAUGCAUGUAUUAAGCGCACACAUAGGCAUCUUAAAAUAAGCACUCAUCAGAAACCCUUGGAUAACUUCUAGAGUAUGCCACAGAAAUUAUGGUCUUUAUAGAACUUUGAGAGAAGUCUAUCAUUUUGCUUCAUUGUGUGUGCAAGCUUAUCAUGGGGUGUUCUCUGCAUUAUGGACUCGGUACUUUAUAUGAGGAUUGCUUUGAAGGCGUUUGAGACAUCUGUUCCUUGGCGUAUGGCCUUUGGCAGAAGGCGUAUGUGUCCAGCUGGUGCAUGCAGGGGUGCGCGAGGAGAUUCUAGUCCUUUAUUGUGGUGACAUUCGCAAUGAACUGGUCUGUGUGGAAUAUGCGAGGAAAUAGUCUGUUGGGACGUUUCAAUAACUGCAACUCCUGGAAGGUCAAGAAGGUAUUUACCUAGGAAUUGAGAGUGAUGAAGAAAUUUUGGUUUAACUUGCUGAGGUAUGUUUCAGGAAAUGGACUUUUGAACUAGUCAUAGCUGUCUAUAAGAGUGGUUAUUCAGGGUCGUCUCCCUUGUGCAUCCAGAGUGCAUAAAUGCCUGCACUACUGGUCACUUUUUAGCAGUUUGUGGCCAGGUGGAAAUCAGUUGCCAAGUUCUUGGUGAACUCUGCUUAGGUUAAUCUUGAAGGAUAUUGAUACUACCUGAAAACUUUUAGUGCCAGGGAGACCUUUAUUUUUUGUUGAUAGAAGGGAAAUCAGCCUAUGGCAGAACGAGUCUUGUGUAAAUUAUCAUGCAUUGCCUUUCAAUCAUGACAAUGAGAGAAAUAAAUCUGCAUAAAUGGUUCUCAAGUAAAGUAAGUGACAAUAGUCUGUUGAGGAUUAGCUCAACUUUAUGUAUGGCUUGAUCUCUCUCAGUCUGUAGCAUUGGAAGACUAAACUUUUCGUUAUUUUUUGGCUUGAGGACAUUGUGUAAGCAUCAAGUACUUCCAUCCUUUUGUUUUGUGAGUUAGCUUAUUGUAUCCUGCUAUUAAUUUUGAAGAGGAAAUCCUGGAAGGUUAUAUCGAGACAUUUACUCAAUAACAUAUUUGACAUUCUAAUGAGAGCCUGACUAAUGGAAACUUUAUUCGUUUUAAAUGCUCUCUGAAGCUUCUAUGUGAGAUUAAGGGUCGCUGAAAAAAUUCGGUGUAGGAUUGAAAUGCAUUGAUCAGUUAGAAGACAGACAGUUCGGUUGUUUUUGUCUGAUUUUUGGUCUGGUAGUUUGUAGGUGCUGGGGUUCUGUUAUCUUGUUCUCUGCAUUUCCUUGGAGUCUUCUAUUAGGCAGUCCUUAUAGCACUCCUUCUCCUUGGAGUCUUGAUGUACAAGACUUUUCAUGGCCGCAUUUCUUUAGUUUGGGCAAGUAUGAUUUUGUUUUGCUAAUUUCCCCCAUUUCGUUGUAAAACGAAUUCGUUUCCUCGGUAUCUCACAAAUAUGAUAAUAGAUUGUUAACUAUUCUCGAAACAAGUAAUGCUGAUGCAGAAUAGUUGAAUUCCAGUUGGACCCUUUUACAUAUAGUUCCUGAGAAAGUUUUUUCUAUUGGAAGGCUAAUUAAAAAAAUUAUUUAAUAGGUAAUCUACUGAGUUGUUGAGGCUAUUUUAACUUUUUUCCCCGGUAUAUGUUCUAAUCUUAAUCUUAGGCUGUAACCUUCUACUUAUAGUGUUGAGGUGUCUUUAACUUUUUUUUUUUUCAAGAAUUUUUUUUCUUCUUGUACAAUUAAAUAUAAAACUUAUAAUCAGCACAUGUAUAGGUUCUGUUUACUAAUUUUCUUGUAUCUAUAGUUCUCUUUUGGUCUAUUACUCAUAGAACAUGGCAACAUAAAAAAUGAAACAUAGGAUGCUUUCCUUGAUGCUGCAAAAUUUUGUAGUUUUACAGGAAAGUGGUGCAUUUCCUUCUUAAACUUAUAUGCCACUAGCCUCUGAUUUUGUUCAGAAAUCCAUUUUAGAAGGCCAUCCUUGCAGUCCAUGUUGUUGCAUUCCGUGAGGGAGCUCUAUUCCUUUUGCCAUGGCAUCCUGACAACAAUCUGACAUAUCAUCAUGCUACAGUGUUGAAGAUCACUCGCGUCUUGUUGUGUGGUCUUCAAUGAAUGUCAGCUGAGCUCAUGUUAUUAGAAGAGGAGGAAAACCUGGCAGUCAUGCUUUAUAGACAAAGGAUGCAAGUACAGUCAUUGACAUACCGUUUCUCCUCAUAACUAGUAACGACAGAGUCUAUUUCACCUCAUACUGUUUCUAAUUUUUAGGGUAACACAGGCAGUCUAUUUUUGAUUAGCAAAUCUCAGUCUUUCUGGAUACCAUGAAGAAUAUUAUCUUUCAUGACGGGGGUUUUUUCCAUACUGUAUUGGUGUAGGUUCAUGAUAUAGAGGGUAAAAUGAUUAGUGCGCCCAAUGGAGAAGUGGCUACUUUCAUUUCACAUUUUGGUCCUUUUCUUGAAUGAUUCUUCAUCCUCCUUGCUCUGUCUCUGUUUACAUUAAGUCUCACUCUCAACAAUUGAAAAUAACAUCUAAAAGAACCUUCAACAAACUUAUCUCCAAAUCCUGGGUUUCUUAUCAUCAGUAAUCGUAGAUUGGCCAUAAAGAUCUACUGGAAAGAAGGCUGUACAUGGCACAUGCCUCAUUUCUGUGCUCAAGUUCUGUAUCUUUUUCUAGCUAUUUCUGCCGACUUUAGGAUCUCUGUCCAAUCAUUGAACGAAUAAUUAGACUUAUAAAGUAAGAGUAUCCACACCAUUCUCCAGGGAGCCCCUUCUUUUUUACUAGUCAGCCACAGCCAAUUUAUAAGAAUGAAAGAUUCUUGUCCUUACGGUCUUUAUGUGUAUGGGCUUCUUGGGAGACUUCUCGUUCAAGGGUUUUCUUCUGAACAUUAAGAGUAAUUUCCAAAGUCUAAGUGGCUUUCUCUCUUGGGAUAGUCACUGGAAAUUAGUCAUGAUGGGUCUAGAAAAGCAUUAAACGUUCUUGAUAAGCCAUGGAGGCGAUUAUCAGAUAUUUGUGUAAGCAGUAUCAUUCUCUUGCAAGAAUUAUGCUUUUAGGUAUCAAGAUUUUAUUUCUAAAAACUUUUUCGUUUUGUCCCUAACGAGUGAAAAUUCGGAUUAAGAAUUUAAAUGAAUAUCCGCAUACUUUCUAAUUGAUGGCAUUGUUUACUCAAGGUUGUUUCCUCGUAACAUAACUCGUUUGAUAAAAGGUCAGGCUUAUUGAGAAUAUCUUCAUCAAAGCCAAAUCUGCUUUGUCUUGGCUUCUCUCUCUCUUUCAACGUUCCUAUGUUACACUUUGUCAAUGGUUAAACGAUGGCUUUAUUUUUGCCAUUAUUUUAUUCACUGUGCAUAUAUUUGAAUAAAUUUUCUCUUGUAUUUCAGCCGGCUUAUGAACCAAUACUUCUUGCUGAUUGCUUGCCUUCAGCUCUGGCCACUUAUUACUCCCGUUAAUCCUGCUAGCACAUGGGGUCCGCUGAUCUUUAUUUUUUCUGUCUCUGCAUCGAAAGAGGCUUGGGAUGACUACAAUAGGUACCUUUCUGACAAGCAAGCAAAUGAGAAGGAAGUAUGGGUUGUAAGAGAUGGCAUCAGAAAACGUGUACGUUGAAUUCAUUGAUGGCCUGUGAUCUUCACUUUGUAAUGAGAUAUCUGUAUGGUAACAUUAUGAACUGAUUAGUUUUACUUGGGACUUCUCCAAUUAUAUCUCUAUGCAAAUGUAUGCGUCUAUCUUGAGGAUAAUCAUUUUGCCGUGAUAAAUCGAUUGGUAAACUAAACUUUGAUGGCCAUCUACUAGAUGCAUUUCUAAAUUCCUUUGCUUACGCAUUUUUGGCCGGCAUGUACCUCUAAAGCUACAUUUUUGCAUGUGGAACCUCCCUUUAAUGAAUGCAUGUGAACGGCUUAGCCAGAAUGUUGAGUCAUUCUCCUUCAGUCAGCAGAAGUUGGAAAGAAAUAUAAUGGUAAUGUUUGCUUUUGUUUCUCGAGUAUACAUUAAUGAUAUACCAAUACAUUGUAUGGGAGACAAGUGCAAUAUUUUUGGCCUUAGCCAGAAAGGUCUGGUUAAAUCCAAAAUUAGAAAUGGCUAAGUCAAUAAGGCGCAGGCUUAAACAUUGGUUACCUGGAUUCUGUAUUUCUGUGGCUUGGUCGUGCAGAAAUUGAGUUUGUUCUUAUUACACUUGGAAAUCAAGUUUUUUAUGACAGAUUUUCAGUAAAUACCUUCUUGAUCACUUUUCCUUUGAUGUUUGUUGGAUAUGCUUCUGUUAUGCUCUACCUGGAUGCCCCCUUGUGUCACAUCUUGAUAAUGAAUUUACUUGAACUCCAUGUCCUGCAACCAGUAGCCACAAAAUGAGAGUUGGGCAUUUAAAGAAACUCUUUCAAAUUCUUUCCCGUCCAGUCGGUUGUUGUUUAUGUUUCAGUACUAGAUUUGACCUUCUGGGAUUUUCAUCUGAUCUCAGUAAGUACUGGUAAAGGUGACUAUGUAUUAUUGAAUUGCACUUUUUCUGUGGGUUCCAUGAUUUCACACUGAUGUGGUAGAAGUACCCUUAUUUUCACUCCUAGAAUUAUCAGCUCCUUCUCCUCUUUUUAUAGAUACAAGCUCAGGAUAUUCAUGUCGGUAACAUAGUUUGGCUUCGGGAAAAUGAUGAGGUCCCUUGUGAUCUACUGCUACUUGGAACUUCUGAACCACAGGGCAUCUGUUUUGUUGAGGUCAGUCAUUUGCAUUUAUUUCUUGAUAUUUUAUUCUGUUUAUUUUUUUCAUAUGUUAUUAUACCCUGUGAAUUUUUUACAGCUGUCAUUUGAUUUAUAAAAGCCAGAAAUGAAUACAGCGAAGCAUAAAUAAUUAUAAUUACAGAAAAAAUUAGGGAAGUUGAUAGCCAAUUUCAUUGAUUAUAUUAUUUUUUUAGACGCAAAAAAUUAUAUCUUAUGUUCUUAUGAGAAUUUGAUUAUUGUAUCGUUUAAUUCUUAACGCCAUGAUUAAUUGAGCAAAUAUCCCAUGUGGUCUAGUUAGCAACUGUAAGUUGCCCACAUGCUAUUGUUAGUGCUCUGGAUCAUGGAGAUAUUGAGUUAAGUGCUUAGAUGUGCAUGCUUCUUAAUUUUAUUUGAUAGUUACAUACAUUAAAAUCUCAAGAGGAGCUUUCUGAGUACCUUGUAUUUGAAGAGCUCUUAAAGAAGAUCAGUUAGCAGUGCUUGCGGUCUCUUGUUCCACUCAUGAGGAGAUUCCUUAUCAACUUUACUUUAUACUAGUGAAACAGACCAUGUGAGGGCAAUGAAACUGACCCCCUCUCAGGGUUUGAAACAGCUUCUAAUAGACAAAGCAAUUAAUAAGCAGGUAGAGAGUAAGAGAAGCAACACAUGAGAAUUCUCGUGGUAUGGCUAUGCAAUUCUUAUAUUCGCCGAUAGAGAUGAUGGUAUUUCCUGGGAAGACUAGUCUGUCCUCCCUCUCUCCCGAUCUCUUGGAUGAUCUAAUGCUUCAAAUCUAAUAGAUUUCAGGAAACACAAACUACUAUAAUACAUGAUUUCUUGUCUGUUUUAGACAGUUUCCUAUCUGCAACUCUCUAACUGGGAUGUGUAAGAGUUUCCACUUAUAUUUGACUCGUGUACCACAUCCCCCAAAAAUUUCCGAUUUGAAUGUCUUUUUCAAAUAGGAAUAAGCGUCUCCGAAUUUUUUUUGAGAGGAAAAACCUGACACCCCGUGGAAUUGAUAAAAUAAAAUAAUCGUUAUCUAUAAAUAAUGUCACUUUCACGUGGAUUGGCUGAUUCUGAUCAGUAUUUAGCUUUUAUCAGCGGUACAAGUAGGAAGCCAGCAAAGCUGUUUCACCACACUUAUUAUUCUUAUCAUAUGAUGUUCAGAGGCUAAAGCACCAUUUGGCGUACUCUUUAUUUAUCUCUGAUGAAACUAAUUUUUGACGUCCUGACUUGGCCCUUUGUUGCAGACGGCUGCUUUAGAUGGUGAGACCGACCUGAAGACGAGAGUUAUACCUACAGCCUGUGCUGGGUUGGCUUCUGAAUUGCUAUACAAAAUUAAGGCAAGUAAAUAGUUUUUCUACGAUAUGAGAUUGAAAAUAUUUUGACUCGGAAAUUCGAUCCUCUCACCCUGGAUGGUUUCAAUUUUAAUUUACAGGGAGUGAUCGAGUGUCCAAAUCCAGAUAAGGAUAUUAGAAGAUUUGAUGCUAAUUUGCGGUUGUUUCCUCCGUUUAUUGAUAAUGACUUGUGCCCGUUAACAAUUAACAACACGCUGUUGCAGUCAUGUUAUUUGAGAAAUACAGAAUGGGCAUGUGGAGUAGCUGUAUACACAGGUCAUACUUUCUUUCCUCAAAGUGUCAAACCCUUGCCUAAUUUAUUGUGACGUUGUUACCUUCAUAUACCUACCUUUAAUGCAUGACUAGGAUGGGUAUUUUUUUCGUACUUCAUAUACUUGGAAGUUUCCUUGAUUUUGGUCACGGUACAAUCCAAAAAAUUCAAAACUGAACAUUACGUUAUGAAUAGUAUACUCUGCAGUAAUAUCGACGUAAUAUACUCUGCAGUAAUUCAUAAAAAGAAACAGAUAAAUAGUUAAUCCGAGAAAGGUAAAAAUUAAAACAUAUGGAGUUUUAAGGUACAAGUCACGACUUCUUAUUUAACUUGGUAAAUUUGGAUAUCUCCUUGAUCCAUGUGAGUCACAUGAGUUUGCUUGAUGCCUCUUUUAUCAUUUUCCAAUACUCAAUUUAAAUCUGAAAUCGUUCGUCAAUAGUACAAGUGUCACACGAAUUGUUUGUAUAUUGAUAUCUGAUCCAGCUGCCGCUAUGACUCUAGCUUAAGGGAUGUCCUUCCAUACUGUAGAGAUUAUUACUGAUAUUGUCAGGUGGAAUAUCUCACUCGACUUAAUUUUCGAUUAAUUAAUCCAUGUUACAGUCCAUCUUAUUACCUCUUAUUUUCAUCUGCUUUUCCCAAUUAGUGAAUGAGAGAUAACAGUCGAAGCCAACCUAGUGUCUUCUCGACAUCUUUGGAUGCAUUCCCAUCCUUUUUACCUCGUACACGAGGUAUAUCUUGGAGAAUGUCGGUGACAUUGCAUAUGUGAGGUGGAUGGCCACCUGUUAUAGAAGAAUAGGUAGGAUACAAUCCAUAAGAGUGGUGCAUAUUAAAUGUCGAUGAUUCUCGUGAAAUCUUAUUGCAUUUCUUUGCAACUCCAUAAAAAGUAAAAAAGUGAAAGGUCUUGGGAGAUAUGGAUCAUAGAUUUAGUCCAACAGUAAAAUUACCUCUGGGAUUAUGCUCUGAUUUUUUCGUAUGGCAUUAUUAUUGUUUCCUAUUAGCGAGAAUAAUUGCUACCAUGUCAAAAUUGGUGGACUAUCUAAUGGCUGAGUUUCUUAUGUUUCUAUGUUGAUUAUUUUACAUUCAUUUGUCUGCCUAAUUUUGUUUUCCUUAUUUUAGGUAAUGAAACAAAAUUAGGAAUGAGCAGAGGAAUACCUGAACCAAAACUCACUGCAGUUGAUGCCAUGAUUGAUAAGUUGAUUGGAGCAAUAUUUUUGUUCCAGAUUGUUGUAGUUAUUGUUCUAGGGUUUGCUGGGAACAUAUGGAAAGAUACUGAAGGCCAGCAGGUCGGUCACUCUUUUUUUAUACCACUUUUUCUUUAACCUUCGAGUUUCAUACAUUGGCUAGGUCCAGACCAUUGACAUCACUAUGUCGUCUUUUUAUCUAUUUAUAUGAGCCAGUCAGGAGGUAGUUUUAUAUCAUUAUUGAAGGAAUUCUUUUUCUGAACUGUUGUUUCCUAGUUUACAUUGAUAAAUCCCUGCCCAAAUUUAAGUGGGAAAUCGGAUACCUGCUCUGCUUGUCGUCUUUCUCAUGAUCUUAUAAUUUAUGGCAAAACAUACUUUAUUUUUGUAUUGGUAACAGAGUUCAAUGGAUAAAUGAUAAUCGGGUGGACUUAUUUUGUGUCUUUAAAUUCGGGGCUUAGUAAUCAGUUAUUCAAUUGUGUCUAUGAAGUGUUUUAGUUUUGGCCUGAUUCUUUUUUUUUUUAAGAGUUGGAUCAAUUACGAGGUUGGGAUUUUAGUACCUAAAUAAAACCGAAAGACUGCCAUCGUGACCUUUUAUACCCUCAUGAAAGUUACUUAACUGGUGUUUGAUUUAAUUACAUCGUGAGGUUAACUAGGAUUUUUGGCUAGUUCACUGUGAGGUAUGGUAUCUUAAAACCGUUUGUCAAUGACAAUCAUCUCUUCAUUUGAUGCUUAAUUUUACUGUGUAGAAGUCAGGAAUAUAGAUGGCUGGCCAUGUAACUCGUUUCCAUGCCUUUUACGAUUAAUUGAGUUUGAUAUUUGCGAAUUUGUGAGGCUCUUCUUGAAUAGAUUAGCAAAUAUUCAUGCUCUGAACUUAUUCUUCAUUAAUAAAUUUCUACAUUUACUUUUUAUUUUUAGUUUUUGGUUUGAUCUCGUAGAAUUUCUAGUGGAAAUUCUAAGUUGAUCGUUAAACACAUUUUUUGUGGUAUUCCUGUUGUCAGAAUCGAGCUUUCAUAAUUGAAUCACGUAAUCAGACUAGAUGAGCCGUCAUGGGGAAGCAAUAAUGCAAUAUUCAUUGUACAAUCUCUUGGAUUUUAUUUCCAAAAAUAUCUCAAGAAAAGAGUCAAGUAUUUUUUGAACCUCUACAAGACUGCAAGCUUAAAGUCUUUCAUGCCUACUACCUUGGUCAAAUGCUCCUCUGUCACCUAUUAUAUGUGAGAAUGCAUCAGCAAAUUAUCCAGAAGAAUGACUGAUAUAUUGAUAUCCAAUAAGCAGUCUUUGUAAUGCACAGCAUCCAUCCCCUAUGCUUUCUCUUGGUUGUCAAAUCCACUGCAUAGCUUUAAACUGUGUCAUGUUAAUUAUCAGGAUAAACUAGACAUUUACGUUUUCCUUUGCGGUUGUGUUUAUUUCGUUUUUAUUUGUAAAAGAAGGUCAUUAAUUCUGAUGAAACUUCUAGAUUCGAAUCUUGUAAAAUUGAGUAGAUAACAUUAUGACAACGUGGUUGCUUUCCUGAUUCAUGACUUAUUUUAUUUCUUGUAGCAAUGGUAUGUUAUGUACCCAGUUGAAGGGCCAUGGUACGAACUCUUGGUUAUCCCCCUCCGGUUUGAGCUUUUAUGCUCUAUUAUGAUCCCCAUAUCUAUAAAGGUAACAAGCUCCUUAACCUUACUAAGUCUGUUCACUCCUUAAGGCUCCAAAUAGCUGUUCACAUUUGACAGACUUUGAUGUUUACUUUAUGAGAGUUGUUCCGUCCUUUCUGUGUAUAAUUUUUACGAAAUUUACGUGCACUUUUUGGUGAUUAUACUUCCUAAGGUAAUUUCAUUGCCUAGGAAAGCUUUGAGACGGAAUUGUCGUCCUUUUUUAUUACUGUGAUCUGUUUAUGAUUCAUAAUUUUGUAUUACCUUUGUUUUGGAGUUAUAUGGUAAAUCUGAGUAUAAGUUGGAGAGGAGGAUGUUGCUUUAUUCAAGAUCAUGAGAUUGGGAUUGAAUCCAACUAAGGGAGGUCCAAUUCCCUUUCAAAUCUUUGGCUGGUCCAAAUUGAGAAAUUUUUAAAUGGCAUGUGAGAACUGUGUAUGUUUUAGGAUAUUUAACACUGAAACCUUGCGCGAGAUGAAUAAUUUAUAAAUAGACAUUCAUGAGGGUGGUAGUUAUUGUCAGCAGAGGGUAAAAGUGAUGUUCUGGCCGUCUGUAGCAAGCAAAGGCAAUGUAAUUUUUUCUCUGCUAUCAAUCCUCAUUUUUUGUGUUUUUCUAUUUUUUCUGUUCCUUGUAAUUUUUCAGAAUCAGCCAAUCCCUUCUUUGUUUCUUUUUCUCUUCCUCUGAUGGAGGUAAAGUCUGUAUACAAUUGGUUGAACAAUGUGGGAUUAUCUGCUGUCAUAUCUUUUGUUUUAUGUUUUUAUUCUGGGCGGUUGUAUCCGGACUUGGAGCGUCAUAGGGGACCGAGUCCACAAUUUUUUUUUUUCUAGAACUGUGCCCUGAUUUUAAGCACUACAGUAACCAGAGAUUUUUGUGUCUCUUGCCCAGAAUGUGUGAUUAUAACGAAUUAAAGGCUCUUUCUCGCUGAUAUUUGAUGUUUACCUUUUACUCACAGAUCACUCGAAUGAUUUGCGUACAAAACGUUUUGAAAACUUUCCUUUGUUUAUUGCAGAUAUCUCUAGAUCUCGUAAAGAGUGUGUAUGCAAAAUUUAUUGAUUGGGAUGAAGAAAUGUAUGAUCAAGAUGCUCAAUGCCCUUCUCAUGCUGCAAAGUACAAUUCAUAACCCUUUUACCAAUAAUCGAGUGAAGCUUCUAUCAUGUUCUCCAAUAAUGGUGCUCUCUGAUUUUGGCAGUACUGCAAUCAGUGAGGACUUGGGACAAGUUGAAUACAUUUUGACUGACAAAACUGGGACUCUCACUGAAAAUAAGAUGAUCUUUAGGAGAUGCUGCAUCAAUGGCACAUUUUAUGGAAACAAUUCCGGGGAUGCUUUGAAAGGUUUAUAUUUUUUCUAUGAUGCUCUAUGACCUUCAUUUAUCUGUCUCACUUUUAGUUUGACUUUUAUCUCAACAUUCUAUACUAAUAUAAGAAACCAAGGCAGAUUGUCAACCUUGGUUAUGUGCCUUGUGAUGAAGAACACUGGCAAAUGGUUGGAAAGAGAUGGAGCCCUGGGAAAAAUUCCUAGGGUGGCAGGGCUAUACCUUAGGGCAUUCGGUGAAAGCCUGGAACACAAAGAGAAACAUAGGUUAGGAAGGAGGAUAUUCCUUCAGGAUAAGAGAAAGCUCGGCACACCAGGACAGGUCAUCAGUAGGUGAAGGAGGAUAUUCCUUCAGGGAAUAGGAGAAAGCUCGGCAAACCAAGACAAAUCGGAUAUCCUUCUGGGAAUAAGAGGAAGCUCGGCACACCAAGACAAAUCAUCGGAAGGGGAAGGAGGAUAUUCCUUCAAGGAAUAAGAGAAAGCUCGGCACACCAAGACAAAUCAUCGGAAGGGGAAGGAGAGAUAGCUUUGAGCAGUAGGAGAAGGCCUGGAACACUAGGUGAAACGGUCGAAAUCAAUACCUUUUGCGUAGUAGGAGAUAACCCAGAAUACCAAGAGGAAUCGUUGGAUGAGGAGGAUGUCUUGAGCAGUGGGACAGACCAUGGAAUAUCAAGAGAGAACAUGCUGCAAGAGUUGUGGAAGAUGUAGAGAUCUGGGCUUGAAUCCAUAAAGGUCAAAUCUAGAUGGAGGAAUUAAUUCUGAAUCCACAGAAUUGGGGUUUUGACCUUGAAUCCACAAAGGGAGACAACCUUGAAUCCACGAGAUCGAAGAUAGGAACUUUGAAUUCUCAAGGGGGUGUUUGAAUUUACAAGUGAAGAAAACCUCAUAGGAGAGAAACUCAAAAAUUAGAAUUAUAUGCCUUGAGCAUUCUAUUUGUGAAAAAAACUCGUCCUUGAGUCAAAAACUUCUGAAUCACCAUAAUACUCAUAAAUAUCACACAAAUUGAAUGUGGUUGAGAUACCAAUAUCAGCAAGAAGCUCGAUGAGGUAAGCAUUAUCAUUGAUUCAUAAUAGCAUUCUGAAUUGUCCAUACUUUUUUGCUUUCAGUUUGUUGUAAGAACCAAUCAAAAAUCGUUCUUUUCAUAAAUAAAUCAUAAGAACUCAGACUUCGAAUAUCUCCUUCCUUUUUUUCUGAUCUACAACUGUCUUGUACUUUCAUAAUUCAUUGAUAGAUUUCGUUGAAGACCUUCGUGGAUUAUUUUGAUGUAAUCCCUUAUAUUGUUUGCACCAAUUAUCUUUCUAGUUUGUCAUGACAACGCAAUAAAUCCAAAGAAAUCUUUGGAGGAAAAUAAUAAACUGUAGAAAAGGGAGAUUUGUUAGUUGAAUUAUCAACAAUAGAAUUAUAAGAAAAUUCUGCUUGUGCCAGAGUUUAGUCUCAUUGUCUUGGUUUUUCUCUUGAAAUGCACCAAAUUAAAUUCCCAAGGGUAUUGUUGAUGACUUUUGUUUGACCAUUAGUGUGUAGGUGGUUGGUAUUGCUGAAUUUUAUAAAUGUAUCAAAUCUGUUCCAAAGUGUUUGCCAAAAGUGAGAUAGAAAAUUAGGUUCUCUAUCAUAUGUAAUUGAUUCAAGAACACUAUGUAAACUAACAAUCUCUUUGAAGAAAAAGGUUUGCUACUUUCAUUGCAUCAUUUGUCUUCUUGGAUGCAAUGGAAUGGACCAUUUUAGAAAAUCAGUUUACUAUUACGAAAACAGAAUUUGUUCUUUCUUGUAUUCGUAGAAUGCCCAAAAUAAAAUUUCGUAGAAUUGGAAGUGGAGUGUACAAAUUAGUAUUUUGACGCUGUCCUUUGUUGACUUGGCACAUGUGACACUUCUGUACAAAAAUUUCAACAGCCCCCUUAAGUUGAGGCCAGAAAUACUGUUCUUUGACCAAGUGUAAGGUCUUGUCAUGGUCCUAAUCUUCCAGAGAAUAAUUCACGAAACAACUUUUCCCUUAAUGAGACUUAGGGAAUACAAAGCUCUAUUCCAUGAAAUAAGAAAUCGUCUUGUAUAUGAAAACACUUUUGAUUUUCUUGACCUGCAAAUAUCUCAAACUGGUGCAGAAUCUUCAUCAUUAUAUUGAAUUAUUUCACAUAGUCAAAUCUAGUGAUUUAAUAUAGAGGGUCACAAACAGGCUAUUUUUCUACUUAAUGCAUCUGUCACUUGGUUUAGCUUUUUAGGCUUAUUCUUGAUCACAAAAAUAAUACGUUGGAUGAAAGAAAUCCAUCUAGCAUACAUUUUAUUAACAAAAGUUCGAGUAUUGACUGAUUCUAGAGCCUAAUAGUCACUGUACAAAAUAAACUCAUGUUGUAUCAUAUAAUGUUCCCAAAAAUGUAAAGCUCGAAUAGCAACAUCAAAUUCUAAUUCAAAUGUCAUCUACAUUUUUAUAACAUAUGAAAGUUUUUUGCUGUAGAAGGCUAUUGCUCAACCCUCCGGGGACAACAUAGUUUUAAACCCCACUAUAGAAGGAUCACGUUCAACUUCAAAUAAUUUAUCAAUAUUAGGCAGUGCUAAAACUGGAGCAUAAUAUAUUUUUUCUUUGAUUAGGUCAAAACUUGUACCUACUUCAUUAGUCUACUUGAAAUUUAUUUUUUUCAUACACUUUGUGAUUGGGACAUAAUUGCACUGAAAUGUUUGAUAAAAAGAAGUUAAAACUAUGGAAACUUCAGACUUGAUAAAUGUUCUGUGGUGCUGCUCAUUCAUUAAUUGCCUAAACUUUCUCCUCGUCUGCCUUGAUUUCAUCUUCACUGACAGCAAAAUUUAAAAACACUAAAUUGUGAGUCAUGAAGUUGCAUUUCUUCAAAUUUAGGUAUAGGUAAUUUUACUAUAGAACUUGGAACACUACUGUCAAAUGACUGACAUAUUUUUCCUCUAUUUUAUUGAAGGGCAAAAUAUCACUCAAAUAAAUAAUAAAAGUUUCAAUAAAUAUUUUCAAAACUUGAUUCAUUAUCCUCAUAAAUGUGCUUGGUGCAUUUGACAAAGCAAAUAGCAUAUAACUUAUUUGUAUAGACUUACCUUUAUCUUAAAAGUAAUUUUCUACUCGUCUCCUAGUUGAAUUCUUAUUUGAUGGUAUCUACUUUUUUAAUCAACUUUUGAAAAUAUUUUAGACCCAAAAAGCAUGUCCAACAUGUCAUCAAUUUGUGGAAUGAAAAAUAUGUACUUAAUUAUAAUUUUCUUGAUGGCACGGUUGUCAACAUAGAUUUGCCAGCUUCCAUCCUUUUUGGGCACUAGUAGUGCAUGAAUUGAGCAUGGGCUCAUACUUUCUCUAAUUGACCCUUUUGUUAGUAACUGUUCAACCUGUUUUUUUAACAUUCAAUUUUCUUUCAGACUCAUUCUGUAGUGGGGCAGGUUUGGUAAACUGGCUGCUGGAGUAAAAUCGAUCUUAUGUUGAAUAUGAUACAGGUCGUAAAUGAUUAUGCAUAUUUUGCAUAGAAGAAAAUUCAUAUAGAACUGUGUGAAUAGAUUCUAAAAUAUUUGUGUCAACUUUGAAUUCUGACUUUAAUUUUUGAACAACAACAAGGAAUUCAGACAUACCAUCUAGAUUAUUGAAAAACUCCUUUUGAUCGAUUAGUAUAACCUUCUUUUUUUCGUGUAUGUCUUUGCCUCUUUAUCCUUACUGUUGCAGUUAUUGUAAGAAAGAAAUGAAGGAUAGAAAGAAGUUUUAGUGCUCCCACAUUACCUUAGAACUGUCUCACAUUUAUGGUGUUUUAGUCUAUUGCUCUUACUUUGUGGGAGAAUGGAGUUGCUCUGUCAUUGGUUUCAUAGCUAAUAGGCCUUGCUUUUGACUUUUUAAAUUUCCAUAGCAUCCGUCAUCUAAAAAAAAAUCAGGUUUUCCAAUUAAGUACGAAAUUUAGAUUCCGUACACAAUAGUCGAUCUCUUUUCUGCUGUCCACUAUUCAUAGCCACUCUUUUUUGUUAUAUUUUUUUUAUAGAAAAGUUGUCCUCGUGAUUUAAUUUUCAUGAGUCAGUCUAUUGUGUGAUGGUGCCUGCUCGAGGUAAACUUCUCAUAUACCACAUGAUGUUAUUUACUGUUUUAAAGCGUGCAAUAUGUUGGAUACUAGGGGUUUCAAAAGGUGUGAUAUGUAUUAUUCUCCUCAUUUGGGUCGGAUUAUUUCUUUAGACAUAUGUGUAGAAAUAUUAAUCUCCUCAUUUGAGUCAGGUUUUUCUUCAGUUCAUGCAUUAUUUCAUAGUUGGAAUUGGAUAAUUUCAUCUUACUCCAAAUGCUUUAUUAUUCUAACAAAUUUUCUUUUCUAGAUAGAUGGUGAACUGCUCAAUGAUGUUGUCAACAAUGUCCCUGAUGUCGUCAGAUUUCUUACAGUCAUGUCGAUUUGCAACAGUGUUGUGCCAACUAAAAGGUGCUCUUACUCUUUAAUAACAUAGAACUAGUAAGUGCACCAGAACAUCUUUGUUUCUAUUGAGUAAGAACAUCUUGCUGCUCACAGUCCUAGUGGAGAAAUCUCCUACAAAGCCCAGUCUCAAGAUGAAGAUGCUCUUGUCAAUGCUGCUGCUCACUUGCAUAUGGUUUUUGUAAAUAGAAAUGGAAAUGUUCUCGGUAAGACCUCUGAGGCACAACUUUUCCCUCUGAUAGCUCUUUUAAAAGUAUUUAUUUAAUUUAUUUCACUUGGAUGUGUCAUAUUAUAGAUUUUGUUGUUUUAGUUAUCUAUGGCUCAGGGGGCUUAUUAUUUAAUCUAUUGGUUUUACAGAAGUAAAUUUCAAUGCCUCAGCUGUUCGCUAUGAGCUGCUGGAUGCUCUAGAGUUCACAUCUGAUCGUAAGAGAAUGUCAGUGGUUGUCAGAGACUGUCAGAACGGGAAUAUACUUCUCCUGUCUAAAGGAGCAGACGAAGCAAUUCUCCCCUUUGCCUCCAAUGGUAUUUCUUCCUAUAUACAUUCUACUAGCUAGCAAAUAAUGAUGUUUAUACACACAGACAUACGCAUAUGUGCGUAAUCUGUUAGAGGGCCGUAUCUAUGGAAAUGAGUUGGCGCUUAACCACCUCCCUGAUACGGUGCUUCAGCCAUCCUCUUGGUAGGAUUGGCUUAAAGGCGCAAGUUCCCAAAGUGGCUUAAAGCCCCUGCCUGGGAUUCAUUGUUGUUGUUUUUGGCUAUCCACUUAGAUUAUAAUAAUUGUUGAUUACGUUUAUGAUCUAAUUAUGAGAUCCAACAAUUGGAAUUACCAGUUGUUAGGACAUACUGAAGUUCAUGCCGUGUACUUCAGACCCUAGCAAUGUAUUUAUUUUCCAACAAAGAAAUGCGUGGAGAAGCCUCUACUAAUAUUUAUUACAUCUUUCCGAGCCUUGUCCAACCUCCUCUUUGUCAUGUGCAAAACAGUGUGUAUGAAAUUGACUUGAAAGACCACUGCAUGUAGCCCAUCUUGUCUUCAGGUGCCUUUCAAAGAAUUGAGAGGCAUUGGGAAGAGACAUUUCUGUAGUCUUCUGUAUUGUUCACUUCCUUUGUUAAUAAUUUUUUUUUUGUUUUCCAUCAUACUAAAUGUUGAAAUAUCUGGUUUCUUAUAUGCUCCCUUAGAUAUGCAUUAUCGCAUCCAAGUUGCAGUUUAUCUCCUUGCUUAGUUUGAACUCCACAGAGCAGACUGAACAGAGGGGAAUGAUAACAUACGUUGCUGCAAAAAUUUUGACACUGAUUUCAGAUGAGGCUCAUAAUACAUAUAGGCCAAUAAGGCGUUUGGUUGUUAUUGAUUCCUGAAUAGCAUGACUGUGGCUUAUGUAAUGAAGGAAAAUUGUGCAAGGUUAGAUUAAUCUUCAGUCUAGCUGGGAGUGAAAAUGACAGAAUAAAGGCUUGCCAGGUAUGGGGUAGAUGUUACUAUAUGCUAACGUAGAAUUCAGAACACUUCUUUUUCAGCCAAUCUUAAUCCACAAGUUGAAGUUGUGUUUUGGUGGAAGACCUCUUCUCAGAAGAUCCAAAGCUCUUGAUUAGUUGAUCCACUAAGUCUGAGCACUGUUUGUGGAUGCAUAAUAGAUCUGGGGGUACCUCCAUCGUUGUCUUUUGAAGUUAAAUGCAUUUUAAACAGUUUUCUUUGUGAUAAAAGUAUCAUAAUAAAAGAUUAGUUAGCUAAUAUAACCACAGGUUGAGAUCAUCUUGGGUUAAUAAUAUCUGUUGUUACAAAGAGAAAACAGAAAAAAAUAGUCAACUCAAAACGCCUACUGGUGAUGUUGAAGCCUCAUCGUUGUUCAAAUUUCCUUGAACAUUAACCACAAGUUCCUAGUUAAGUCUUCAGAAAUGUUUCCGUAUUGGAAGACAGCAUUUCUAGCACUGUCAGAUGAAGGGAAAGGUUCCUUGUUUUUAUUGUUUUUGAGAUUUAAGGUUAAGUCACUUUCAAACUGGAAUCCAGGUUGUCAAUCUGAUUCAGCAGGUUGGAGCUCUUUUGUUGUCAAGAGGCGGUGAAAAGGGCAGUAUACUGCCAAUCAGUGAAGUAAUAUAUGAAAUUCCUACACAGAUAUUUUACCUCAUGUGUGAAACUUAGUCAGUCUUCACUCUCCAGCAAAAGUUGUUCUGAGCUUUAAUCAUUGUCCUUUUUCCAUCUUUCUUCACAUCUUUGUGAUAAAUAUUUGUGCUUUUUAUAGAAAUAAUUCUCCAGGCACUUGGGUAAAUUCUUAAUUCAAGCGCUAUUAAGUUUUUAGAUUCUCAUAUUGAAGUUGCUGUUUAACUUGUGAGCAUCACAGAUAUUAAACGAUAGAUAUUUACUGGUUGUGACCACAUUUUACCAGGUCAACAAAUAAGGAGUUUUAGUGAUGCUGUUGAACAGUAUGCACAAUCUGGCUUGCGUACGCUAUGUUUGGCCUGGCGUGAGCUAAAUGAAGAUGAAUAUACAGAAUGGUCUUUGAUGUUUAAAGAAGCAAACAGUACACUGGUUGACAGAGAGGUAAAGACAGAUAAUUCAUUCUUAGUUUUGUUAAGAGUUGACAAAAAGGUCCUGUUAUUGCCUAACGAUUUUCCUAUGCAGUGGAAACUAGCUGAGGUAUGCCAGAGAUUGGAGCACGAUCUUGAAAUUCUUGGAGUUACAGCGAUAGAGGAUCAUCUUCAGGUCAACAUUGGUCUAUGUAUUGAUUCGCUUAAUUUUUUUGGAGAAACACUGCUUUCAUUAUUUCAUGUCCCAUUUACAACAUCUUGCAGGAUGGUGUGCCUGAAACUAUCGAGACACUUCGAAAAGCAGGAAUAAACUUCUGGAUGUUGACUGGAGACAAACAGAGCACUGCCAUCCAAAUUGCACUUUCGUGCAACUUCAUUGCACCAGGUUUGUUCAGAUUUGUAAACAUUUUUUUUGUAAAACAUUUAUAUUUUCCUUGACUAAGGUGCACAUUUGAUGCGGGACACCAUGCAUUUGACUGACUUUGAGAGCAAUUGGCAAAUGUCAAUUUAAAUGAAGGUUGGCCAACUAAAUAAAUAUCUUCUUUGAAUAGUCACAAUAGGGAUAUGGUUGUAAUUAGGGCCUCUGCCUUGCUUUCCAACCAGACUUGGAUUGUAGGAAGUAUGGAAACUUCCUCUGACUAGGGUAAUUGUUUAUGAUAUGUUAAGGGCAGAUUAGAAUUGGAGAUAAGGAGGUAGGACCGGUGAGGACUUAGAGACAAGCAUAACCAUCAAUAAAAGUUUUUUGAUAGAAAAUUAAAUGAAAGGCUCAGAAUAAGAUUUACAAUGAUUAUACCUUGAUCCCAUGGAUGGAUAUUUUUAACUGACUGUCUCGGAGCAAACUGCCAAACAACUAUACCCCUUUUGGAGGUGCAUAAUUCCCCUACAGCCUAUAGGAUGCUGGGGAUUAAACAAGGACGAAUUUACCCUCAGCCUCACACUUUGGGCCCGAUUCCACACAAGACCUUCAAAACCCUCUUUGAGAAAGAGCUGGGAGCAAAAAAAUUCCCAAAGGACACAAAGGUUAGUCUCCUAUUUCUAGGAGCAACAUGAGGCCUUUGAAUUGGCUCUCUUGGAUUUGUCUAGAAAUCCCAACAGCUCCCAUUUCUAAUGAGCUGGAAUUUCUGCCUUACAAACGUUAGUAAAAAUGGUUAGGAUACGCUAGGGUCUUAAAUAGACCUAAAUACAUCUAACUGUUAAUAUAGUCAAAGAUAAACAUGGAUUGAGUGGCCUACGAAAAUUUGCAAAAGAAUCCCUAGUAUUAGUCAACUAGUCGGGGAAUAAACUUCAUUCGUGUAAAUUUUGACCGGUGCAUGUUUUGACUUUCAGUCCUUAUCAACAUUUUCUGCCUAAUAAGGCGGCUAUCUUACUGCUUUGAGGCCAGCGGAAAAUUAUGUGGGAUCUAUGAAUCAAAUCUAGAUACUGCUAAAUGGGGCAUUGUUAAAAGUUGGAAGGGUGAUAAGUAAAGCCUAACGUAUGCAUGGUGAUUGGGGUUUUGGGUCAAAUGAGCUUCUUGAUUUGAGGCGAUCGUGCUGCUCUCCUUGUCCAGUUGUCCUGGAAAAGGACUGACGAAAGACCAUUAUUCCUAAAAGCAGUAUGGAUCACCAUGUGAUUAAGGCAUAUGUGUAGAUGCAUUGGAGCAUGCCAGAAUUUAAAUUUUUUUCCAGAGAUUUUUUGGGGUUUUACCAGUGUGCAAUCUUAUAGAAGUCACUCUGCUUAUCAAAUUUAAAGAGGGGAAGGCUGUGUAGCCUAAAUGUGGAGCUAAUUCUAUUUUAGUUGCCCUGCCAUCAUUGCAGAAUUGUGCUUUUUGAGUUGUAUUUAUGAUCUCACUUCAUUGAAAAUUCAGGGAAUCCUGGAUUAUGUUCUUGUUAUUUCUGAAAUUUUUGUUUUUUAUGACAUAAGCUAUCUUUUGAAGUGAUAUAGAUGUGUGUGUGUGAUUGUUUUGAUAAAGUUUGCGUCGUAAUGUAUGUUGGAAAUGAAAGAUGAAGAUCCAAAUGAAAAGUACAAAAGAGGAGAGAAAAAGAUGGACUCAUGUAAUGAUAAGUCUUAUAUACAUAUGUUUGUUUCAUUACAUGAUUAAAGGCCACUUUUCGUGAUUUCAGUAUUAUAGAUAUUUUACCCAGGCUAAGGGAAGAAAGAGGUUUUUUUUGUGCUACUAUCCUUCCAGGGGAAAUGCGGUUUUAUGGUUAUCAUGCAGUGAAUAGACAAAUGUCGUAAUUUCUGGUUGUUUUUUUUAAAGAAAAUGCUUUCAUGGUCAUAUCGCUGACAGCCCUGUGUCUUUUUUCUGCAGAACCAAAAGGGCAACUUUUGUUGAUUAAUGGAAGAACUGAAGAUGAAGUCCUUAGAAGCUUAGAGAGGGUUUUACUCACUAUGAGGAUAGCUACUUCAGAGCCUAAGGUUUGUUAUUUGCAAAAUCAUACUCAUAUCUGUAUCUUGUUCUCAGUAAAGAAAAUCCUCCCAUAUCUAUUCCCUUGCCUGUAUUUUGAAUUGCUCGUUUGGAGUUCAUCCCAUUUGAUAUGAGGGGUAGAGAAUUUCUAACUGUUUCCUUUGAUCAGCUUAAACAGAAAAAAGAAUGUCAAGGGCCAGUUUUGGAUUGUUCUGAUAAUAGUAGAAACUGAUACAAUUCCAUUUUGUUCCGUCACAAGAGUGCAGUCAAUCAAUAACUCAUCUCAGUCAUUGCUGGAAACGCUCAUCAAAUGAUUCAAAUAUGUGGAUCGAACUCAUUUUUUUAAUGUUUUGUUUUGAAAUUGGGAAGUAAUUACCCUCUCCAAGAUCAAUUCAUGUAUUGGUAAAGAGGAAUGAGGAUAUACAUGACGCAUGCAUUCAAUUUUCCAACGGAAAAGAAACCCUUUACAAGAUCAGAAAGCGUACUCCUGGACGGUCCAUUAAAGAGGAAGGAAACAAGUGAUUCACAUUCUUCCUUACCUUCAUGGAUAUAGCGGGCCACUCAAUAACGAACCGGAAGAAGACAAUGUGAGACAGAAUUUUACUUUUAAAUCAGAUAAUAUACCCCAAACUUAAUAAUCUGCAGGGUACUUGACGUUGGCACACUGAGAGUGAGAUACAAUGAUCUGACUGAAACUUCGCCUCCAUCCCAUUUACAUGUUUAUGAAUUUACUUUUGCACUAUGGAACAAGUGUCCAGUAAAAAAAGGAGAUGUAAAAGUUGCCUUGCCGCGUCAUUAUGAAGAUUUCUUAUAAACCUUGGACAUCAAUUCUUGUGUUAUUAUUAGGAGCCUCAUCUACAAUUCUAAUAAACCUGCCGUUGGAGUCGUAUGCUUCCUUACCACCAAUUCUCACAAGAUAAUGUCUUAUGACUGUUACUAAGACCAAUCUGCCUCACUGCUGUCUCAGUUUCUCUUACCUUGUGGACUCUCUUCACACCUUGGAGAUAAUAGUAGAAUCUCUCCACACAAUAUACUUUUUCCAUAAUACUUCCCAAUUUUUUCCUGCCAUGAUCCCCUUUCCUCUUUCUCAAACCUCGACCAUCAUCUGCUGAAUAGUGGGAUAUUGAAAUCUCAAUGUUAUUGUACUUCGACCUUCUUUUGCUUUUGUACACUCUCCCCCAAUUGAUGCUAUACUAUCCCUUGCAACUGUCCUCAUUUUCAUACGAGAAGGAAACUUGUUUGCGUUUCCUCUAUUCUAAUGGAUAUAAUUUAUGGGAUUUGGAAGGAUAACAAGUGACAUUUCAGCAUAUUAAUUUGCCCAACCUUAUUUAACCAUAAUCUACUACUGGAGGAAAGAAUUUUACCUUUCCAAUGCAGUUGACUCUCAAAUUUCUACACACAAGACAGCUCGUUCUUGUGGUAAAUGACAGCCGUAUGAGGUGUGAAAGCAUCCCACUUCACACCCCAAAAGUAAGGAAACUCUAUGCACUUCCUAAUGCUAGUCAGGCCCACUAUUAUACUUUUCUCAUAAUUGACUUUCAAAACCUUUGUUUCUUCGGGAAUCUUAAACAACUGCCUAGAGACACAGUUGAUCUUUCUUUUUGAGCCAAAUAUUAUAAUUUCACGUGCAUGAUGGAAAAAGAAACUUAUGUUCACUCUAGUCCUCUCGCCCUCUGCCUCUUUUAGGCAAGUACCUCUGUAACAAGGACAAACAUAAGAUGGGAAAUCAGGGAAAUGUUGUCUUUGAAGUUAAUUUCCUUAUGUAAAGAAUAUGAACGUAUGACUAAUUAUAUAUAUUUCAUUGAUAUUUUUAAUAGAAAUGUACCCACUGUGUAUAAUACCAAUGGCUUUUCUAUGUUUAUUUAAGGUCUAAGUUUGCUCACGUAUGAAAAGAAAGGUAUUCAUUGUGAUCAGGUUUUCUAUUAAUAAGAAUUCCAGAUUCCUGCUGUCUACUCCUGUCUCCCUAAACAUUUUUGAAUUAGUCUUUACCAGUCCAGUGGUUUGCACUUAGGUUGUGUGUUCAUGUUUACUUGAUUUGACAUCCAGAAUCAUAGCACGUGUUUGAAUUAUAUCACCUGGAAACACACGCUUCAAAACAAAUGACUCUGGCUUCUUAACUUCUUUGCUUCUUAUUUUAGAUCUCUAGAAGCCAGAGUCUCUUGGAAAAACAUUUUACAUAGUAUUUACAUAGUAUUUACAUUGAUGUUUGCAAGUGAUAUCAUUUUCUAAAUAUAUUAAAAAUAUUCUUGUGCUAUGUCUCCCCAAGUGUUGCAUUACUGGGCUGUGUCAUUUUGUACAGGAAGUGGCAUUUGUGGUGGACGGCUGGGCCCUUGAGAUUGCUCUUAGGCAUUAUAAGGAAAUUUUUACUGAGCUGGCGGAUCUGUCAAGGACAGCAAUUUGUUGUCGUGUGACACCUUCUCAGAAAGCACAGGUAAUCAAUACGCUUCCUUUUUUUCUCUGCUAAAACUCAUUAUUUUAAGUUUUAUUUUUUCAGAAGACAUAAUUAGGAACAUCUGAAGUUUGUUUAUCUAUUAUACGGUAGUUGGUAAACUAUUCAAACUUUAUUAUUCGACUAGGAAAUUAGGAUCGUAUGCUUGAUAUUUUUUAAAUUACAAGCUUCAAGCUCAUUUGAGAAACAGGUUUGAAUAAAGUUUCUUUGGCUCAUGUGUGGAGGUGAUUGACAACAAUACUCCCUUUUCAUGGCUUGAAUCAAAAGUCAGUCCUACACCUGAUUGAAGAUGUGAAGAUCCAAAUAAUCGUUAUUCCAUGCUACAUGCAACGUCGAUCUCUCAGUGGAGGAUUAUGAAAUUUAUGAAUAAUCUCUUGAUCUUUCUCUAGUUUUAACUAUUGGUCAGAGGAUUACCAGUGUAAGAUUGUUUGAUGGCCUAGUACAUUAAAUAGUAUGACAUAAACAUGGUCGGGUCACGAAUUUUGCACGCGUAUCACAGAGUUACUCAUCCAAGUUGAAGUUUGAUUAUCCUUUUAAAAGCAGUUAUAAGCUGUAACCGUUAAACGUCUGUGUCCUGCAGUUUCAGGUUUGUUCUGUAAUAAGAUUGUUUCAGGUUUAUGGCCGUGUGGGAAAGAACCACUAUUGUGUAUCAUGAAUGGGAGUGAAUUAUCUGUUUUAAAUAGGUAAAUAUUUACGAAAUAGGAGAUUAUUUUGACCAUGGUUUAUGUCAGUUACCAUUUUAUUUCUAUGUUAGCUGGCAUUAGCGUUUCAUUGUUUGGAUUCUUCAACAUGCUAGUCUGUUCAUCCUUCGGUUGAAUGACAAAUAGGAAACAGUUUGCUCCGGUUGAAAUUUGCAAUCAAGUGAGCUAACCCGUAGACAUACAAAGUUGUGUCAAACACUAGCUUGUUCUCAGCCGAUAUUUUCCAUAUGAAGCGAACUUCAUCUACUAUUGACUUCUAGAAUUUCAGAGCUUCUUAUCUGUCGACUGUAGUUUGUACGGCUGUGUCCAACUUUGUGAGGACGGGAUCAAUUUUGCUUCUUUAAUAUUCAGGGAGCGUUGUGGUAUUUCUUUAUGUACAGGAAAUUUCAUCUACUCUGAAAUUUGGCGUCAACCUAAUCUGUAUUUAUUGAUUUAGAUAAUUAUUUACAUUUUUUGCGUAAUUACCCAAUUUUUUAAUUUAUCGAUGUCAAAAUAUCAUCUUUCAAAUGUGUUUCUCUGCAGCUCGUUGAACUCCUCAAAUCACGUGAGUAUAGAACUUUAGCAAUUGGUGAUGGGGGAAAUGAUGUGAGGAUGAUACAGCAGGCUGAUAUAGGAGUUGGGAUAAGCGGGAGAGAAGGCCUGCAGGCAGCAAGAGCAGCAGAUUAUAGCAUCGGGAGUAAGUCCAUUCUGUUGGUGUGACAGAUUCACUUUCCCAAAAACAUAUUGGAGUCAUCUUAUUCUUUCACCCUGUGUUCAAGACUCAGAGACCAGUUUUCUUACUGUUUAGUUUCUUAACUCUCUAUUUUGAAUCCUUAAUUGUUUGCCAAAUUCCUCAAUUUAGUUAUAUAUUCGAUCGAACUCAGCCUCUAUGACAAACUACUUAUUUUAUGCCUCAUGCAUCAUUUGUUGGAUAAAAGAACUGUGGAUAAAAUACUGUCUUUAUUAGAUAAUCUUUUGGGAUGUGGCACCAAUUUUCAGAAUGAAAAUCAUAAAACGAACAUACUUAUCACAGGAUAUCUAUUUUCCCAAUUUUCCAGAUGAAUAAUAAAUGAAACUUUUCAAUCAGUGCAUAGUGUUAUGGGCCAUGCUAACACAAAUAUGUGCUAUGGGGUUGGCAUCAGCGGGGUCUUUUCUUGACAUAGACCCUGAUUUCUUAUUUGCGAAUGGCAACACAGUAUUAGCCAGAUGAAAAUGAGUAAAAUAGAGAAAGAGGAAGAGAUCCCUUGUUCACUAGUGCGGCGCACAUUAGCACAGGUGGUCAAGGGAUGUAGGCAGAUAGAAAAAAUGGUUUAAUAUUUUGAUUUAAAAAGAUGGAUAAUGGAGGACAUAUAUCCCAAACCUGUCAUUUUGAGACAUUCAGACACAAAAUUGUCGUAACUUCAUCUGUUUAGAUAUGAAUUGAGAUCGUAACACGAGGUGUUGCUCUUAACUAUUAUGUAUAUUUCUCUAUAUUUUUUCUGUGAAUCAAUUGGGGUCAUUUAUCAUCAGUUGUAAUGGCAUGUUACUGACGCAUUUGGAAAUAUCCUUUUAAAGGAAGCCCUAAUAAUGUAUUUACUGUCAGUAAUAUUUGGUUUCGUUAGAGAUCCCAUGGCGUUUAAUAUUUAUGGCUGAAAAUUUUGUUUAUUACUCUCAUAAUUCAUUCUAAAAAGCAACAGGUGAAGUAUAUUCGGCUUGAAAAAGCAUUUGAUGGCAGCCAGCCCUACCGAGUCUCCCUAGAGAGGCAAAAUGAGAAUUUACUCGAGAAGAAAUGUCUGGAAAGGCAGUUGCUCUGAGAAUCAGGCUGCGCUUCUUGAAUUGGUUUCUGCCCACAAAAGAUGGAUAUGAACAUUUUCCAUAGGGCCCACUUUAGAUCUUACUGAAUGAUUCAAUAACAGAGUGACUUUUUACCAUUUUCGGUGUUACUUUGACACAAAUCUUUAUAAUAAAUAUCGAUGGCUCUGCCUAUUUAUUUUUUUUACACAUUCGAUCUAUCUUGUUGGAACUUGUGUCUCUUCAUGGUGCAAACUUAUUAAUAUAUCCGCUCAUCUCUGUACUUUCCUCAACAGAGUUCAGGUUUCUCACAAGAUUGAUUCUUGUUCACGGGCGGUAUUCAUACAAUCGCACAGCAUUCCUUUCACAGUAUUCAUUUUACAAAUCAUUGCUGAUAUGCUUCAUACAGAUUCUGUAAGUCUUCACCACGUGUACGCUUUCAAAUUGUAACAGUGCAUAUAACUAUUUGCCAAACGCUGUUUUCCCUUUUCUUUUCUGGGUUCUCUUUCUCUAUAUGCCAUUCAUAUAUUUGUUAAUUCUAUUGUCGGAUCCACGCAGAUUCUCUUUUAUUUCGGGCAUCUCUGGAACAAGUCUAUUCAACUCUGUCAGCUUGAUGGCAUAUAAUAUUUUCUACACGAGCAUCCCUGUUCUCACCAGUGUUCUUGACAAAGACCUCAGUGAAAAAACGGUCAUGCAACACCCGCAGAUUCUGUUCUACUGUCAAGCUGGAAGGUCAUGGAAACUUGUGUUUGCCCUAAGAUUCUGAUUGUUGGGGCAGCUGUUUCUUCUCCUGAUUUUUUUUUCCGUUUUAAAAAAGUAGGCCACAAGUGGCUUUUGAUUACCAUAUUUAAUUGUCUGAGACUCUCCGUUCCUCCAACAGGCUACUGAACCCAAGCACAUUUGCUGGAUGGUUUGGACGAUCCUUGUUCCAUGUGAGUCCUCAGUCAUUCAUGCCAAAACUUUCCUUCUUUAGAGUCUCUUACCGAUCAAUUUGGUCACUUUUUGCUAUAUUAUGUGCUUAAGACUUUCUGAGGGAAAAGGACAUUUUCGUCAUGAUAAUUAUGGAAAAUGAUGGAUGGUUCUUUCAAAUGGCAAUUUACCCAUGCUGCUUUUAACCGGAGUUGGCAGCAUAGAGGCCCUCACAGUAAUAGGAAUGCUUGGUGCUUUAGGUCUGAUCUGCUUCUAUUGGAUUUUAUUUGCUUUAAGAUUCAUCAAGUGAUAUUAAUAUAUAAAAGUAAUGAAAUAAUUAAUUAGAGAAAAUACUUGAACGAGAAUUAUUUGCUCAAAAAACUUGCCUAUUUUUGAACGAAUUAUUGAUUUCUUUAUAUCUCAUAUUUUCAGGCGAGUGUGGUGUUCUUAAUCACCAUCCAUUCCUAUGCUAAUGAAAAGAGCGAGAUGGAAGAGCUGUCCAUGGUCGCCCUCUCUGGGUGCAUAUGGCUGCAGGCUUUUGUUGUGACUCUGGAGACGAAGUAAGAAACCAGCCUACACACAUUUCUGAUUUCUACUUACAGAACAUGAAUGGUUUGUAAUGAAUAUAUACCAUUAAUACCCGUCUUCCCCAUCUCAGCUCCUUCACAGCCCUGCAACAUCUGGCUAUUUGGGGAAACCUGGCGGCCUUCUACGCCAUUAAUUGCAUCAUCAGCAUGAUACCCUCAGCAGGGAUGUACACCAUUAUGUUCCGACUCUGUGGGCAGCCAUCUUAUUGGAUCACUAUGUUUGUGAGUCUCCUCAAAGCCAGGAUUACUCUCAUUUCCUUAAUAAUCCUACCAGGCAGCUAUCUUCUUUUUGCCAUUUCCUCAUUUAGUAAAUACCAUUAUGGUUUUGUAGUUUCCUUUUUUUUUUUUUGCUCUUCGUUUUUUUUUUUGGAAUUUUCUGAUUUCAGUAAGAAAUAGGUGUUAUUAUCAGGAGGGGUUAAUUCAUCAACAGUAAUAAAAUCACUGAUCUUGUAACUUUUUUCUUUCCCAUGCAAACAAAUCAGCCCCUCCGUUGCCAUUUCCAUAUUUAGGAAAUCAACACAGCAGUGUUAUCAAGAACAGCUAUUUAUAUCGUGCCUCAUAUACUCAGCCAAAUCACUGGUUCUGUAGUCUCCUUGCUCGCAGACAAUUUUUUUCUGAUUUCAGCUGAAAAACAUGGUCUUUUUAUCCAGCUGAUAGUCGCCAUUGGGAUGGGGCCGGUGUUUGCCCUAAAAUACUUCCGGUUCACAUACCGAUCAAGCGCCAUCAACAUCCUCCAGCAGGCAGAGCAUUCCCGGGCACCCAUCUUCAGGGACUUCGAGUCCCCAGUGGAAUCAUCCGAGAAGGACGGCAUCUCCUUGCCCUCCACAGCUCAACCCAAGAGCAGCCGGAGCCCUGUCUACGAGCCUCUGCUGUCUGAGUCAACACCCAACGCCGCCAGAAAGUCUCGGGGUCAGACCACAAUUGAGUUCUUUCAGCCCCCACAAAACAGGCUUUCCUAUUCGAGAAACUGUAAGAACAAUUGA